AUGCAGCCCCAAUACCGGCCCUUCCCCCAGCAGGCGCCGCAGCGUUCCCCAGCAGCUGCCGCAUCGAGAAGAGGAAUUGGCCCAAUGGUUUCUGGGGGCCACCCCCAGCAGCAACUGACGGCUGCGCAACACCAGGCGCAGGUAAAACUACAGGAGGCUCAAAUGGAUAAGGCAAGGAAACGUACUGCCAACCCGGUGGACAAGCAUAUCCCGGAAGGCGUCGAGGAUUGUGUUAUCGGCGACGGUGUUCAGCGGUACAGAGAGCUGAGAGAGCUGGAGCGCAAACUGGAUUCGACCAUGAUGAGGAAGAGGCUGGACAUCCAGGAUUCAGUGAAUAGAAAUGUCAAGAGGUACAGGACGUUACGGCUCUUCAUUAGCAACACCGUGGAGGAUCAGCCUUGGCAGGCCGAUACACUUGAUGUAGAUGCCUUUGAUUUCAGCACCAAUAUAGAUUCCUCGUACCGCGUAAAGAUUGAGGGCCGGCUAUUGGACGAAGCAUCAGAUGGCUUGGACAGCGAUGAGAGUGAUGAUGACGAUGACGCCAUGGACGAAGAUGGGAAGGAGGAGACGAAGAAGGUCAAAUCACCUGCAAAGCAAUAUAAGUUGUCGCACUUCUUUAAGGCGAUGACUGUUGACUUCGACCGGAAUAAGUCCAAAGACGGCUCAGAUCAGAGUGUCGAGUGGAAGAAACCAGCGGUUGCGCCAAAUGCUGCCAACCUCCCGAAUGCGGCCGAUUUCGACCAACUAGAGUUCAAGCGUGGAGGAGAUGAGAGCAUUAAUGUCACCAUCAACCUAAUUCGAGAUGAGAAUCCGGAGAGAUUCCAGUUGAGCCCAGUUCUGGCUGAUAUCCUGGAUACAAGUGUCGCUACUCGCGCGGAAGCAAUCAUGGGUAUUUGGGAGUAUGUCACAGCUAUGGGAUUACAAGAAGAGGACGAGAAGCGGUCAUUCGAGUGUGACGAUCGCCUCAGAGCACUCAUUGGCCGAGAAAAGGGCUAUAUCCCUCAUGUCCCUGAUGCACUCAUUCCCCACAUGACUCCACUUGUACCUGUCAAGCUCCCAUAUACUAUCCGAGUCGACAAAGAAUUCCACGAGAACCCACAGCCUACAAUCUACGACAUCCAGGUCCAGGUUGACGAUCCAUUGAAAGCUUCGCUUGCUGCCUACCUCACUAACCCGACGUAUGCAACAAACCUCUUGGAGAUUGCGAAGCACGACAAGCAGCUCGCGCUUCUGGUACAAAGUAUCAUGGUUUCCAAGUCAAAGCAUCAGUUCUUUGAUGCGUUAUCGAAGAACCCGACGGAUUUCAUUGCGAAGUGGCUGAGCUCCCAAAAGAGAGAUCUGGAGGUCGUAUCCGGCGAGGCACCGAGAGGAGGAGGAGAAGAUGCUACUGGUGAUGAGUGGAGACGAGGUGGUCAGAACAGUAUCUGGGCAAGCGAGAAUGUGAAGCAGAGUGUAAAGUUGAUGGUUGGGCCAAGGGUGAAGGUUUGAUCUGGUCCUAAAUCACGGCGAAAUGGAGUCCAGGCGAAGACUAGGUCGAAUGUGUACUAUACUAUAUCAGGUUUUGGGAGUAAGAGAAUACCAGGAGAACUUUGAAUUUGUUUCAUUGUCCUUUUCCAAACUUGAGACAAACCUCGUUGCCCCGCCUGGGGCUUCCAGCCCCACAAGCCAGACUCAACGUUGGUCUGGAAAGCGAAUCUCAAUAUCGACUAAAUCUUUACGCUCUCCAUCCAAUGCUCCGCCUCCUCCUUAUACUCCUCUCUCCAUCUCGUCAAAGGUGGUCUGCCUUGUACGACAUCGUUCACCGUCCACUUCACAAAAGUCAGUAGCGAUUCUCGUAAAUAUCUUUCGCUAAAGUUGCCUCCCAAGACUCAGUUGUUUGGAAAUGGCUCGUAUCCGUGUUUCCAGGAGAAGGGGGAGGCACAAGGGGGAAGGUACAUAAAAACAAACUCCACUGACCAGCAUUCUCUUUCGAUCCAUCUCCUCGCUGACAUCAUUAUCUGGACAGAUCACAUAAAAUCGUCCCUCCGUCAUCUUCCGCUCCAAAAACUCCACCACUUGCUCCGGGCUCCACGCUCCCUUCGGCUUCUCCUUUCCGUCCAUGGCAAACGGCUUGUUUCCACUCAGGCCUGUGAAGGUUCAUCCCGGUACGAGCAAAUGCACUGAGGUUGAUGGUGAAGAUUUUGCCAGGUCGUAAGAGAGGUGUUCGGCUAGCGUUUUGACGGCGGCUUUGGAGGCGUUGUAGGCAGGAUUACCUGGGGGGUUCGUGAUUCCUUGCUUGGAGCCAGUUAUUAUUAUGCUUGAUGGGGAGGAUCCAUGAGCGGUGACGAGGGGGAGAAGGGUAUUGAGGCCGUGGAUUACGCCGAACAAAUUCACUGAGGAUGUGUAUUAGCAUCUUGAUGGUUCAGGUAUGGUAUCUUUGGAGGUGGGUUGUGACGCAUCGUGUCAAGUGAGUAUUUGGGGAGGAUGAGUUUGGACAUGGCCAUCUGAUUAAUGGGGGACGGCAUGGAAAAGUCGAAUGAGAGAAAUGAGUAUUUCAUACCGUCCAUUAUUUUGUGGAAGUAGGCCGAAUCGCUCCAGUCGCUCUUAACGCCUAUGCCAGCAUUCAGAACAAGAAUAGAGUCCUUAAAGCGAGUACACGAAUAAAUCCAUCAUCUGGUUUGUCAAAUCUCAAGCCAAUUCUCCUUAGCGCAGCUGGUAUCACACGAGUAGAAAAUAAACCAACCUUUAACCCCUCAAAAUCCUCCACCUUCCCAACAUCCAUUUCGACGGUCUCAAUCUUCCUACUUCCACCUUUCGUAAGCAUCUCCUUCGCCCCUUUCAAAUUUUCGAUGUUGUUAUCGGCAAUCACAACGCUCAUGCCGUAACCUGCACAUUUUUUGGGCGAGAGCAAGUCCAAUGCCCGAUGCGCCGCCUGUGAUUACAGCUGUUUUACCUGCCGCAAAAAUUGGGUUUCUAGAUUCAGACAUGCCUGCUGGUUGGCGAGAGUGAGAGCUAUCUGAGUAUUGAAGUGUUGAAAUAGUUUGUGUUGGUGACAGUGAGGUGGGUGAGGGACAGUGAAAAGAUUAGAUACCAGGGUCGUAAGAGCGAAGAUAUAGAUAGUAAUGUAUUUGAAAGCUCGUAGCAAAGGUCACCGGGGACGGUCUGGGUUAUGAGUAUUUUGGACUUGGGG